CUUAAGAUGGCUGCCGGGCUGCUGGCUCCGGACGGGGACUGUUGUAUAGAUCUGGCUAGAAUGUGCACUAAAAAAACUUAAGUUUCCAGUUUCCUGGUAUGCCACGUCUCCUGGGAAUGGCUGAGUAAUUUUCAUAUUGAAAAGAAGAAAAGAUGUGGAGUGGGCUGCUACCUCCUGGCCUAAAUGAAAGUGAUGUUGAGUUGAAUUCUGAAGAUGAAGACACAAUAGAGAACUCUGGACCUGACUUACAGGAAGAUGAAGAAGAUGGGACCAUUACAGAAACAGAGAUCACAGAUUUCCCUGCAGAGGGACCAAACACUGAAGCAGAGACAAAUGUGAAUGCAUAUGAAGAGUGUCCUUCUGGAGUUCCCUUACAUAUAUGGAAUAAAUUUCAAGAAUUGCAUAAAAAACAUUCUGAACAGAAAAUCUCAUCUUCAAGAUUCAGAAGGAAAAAAAGAAAACGCUCCAGAAAAGGUAAAUUGAAGAAUGAAGAAGAAUCUCAUAGUGAACAGUCCCCAAGUGAAACCCAGUUGAAGGAACUUACUCAGUAUUUUGGAGUCAAUGACAGGUUUGAACCCCCUGUUAAAAAGAAAAAAAUUGAGAAGUCGGGCCUUGAAAAGAGCAUAGACCAGGCUGUGGAAGAGUGGAAUAUUGAGAAGGCCGAGGAGCUCAGCAACCAGCUAGCUACCCGAGAGCUUGGUGUAAAAAUUGCCAAAGCGAUUGCCUGCCAUAAAUUUGUAAAAGCCAAAAAGGAAGCUGAAAAUUCACAGGCUGCUCGAAAAAAGAAGAAACUUGCGUGGGGAUUUGAAGCAAAGAAGAGAUGGGAAACCAAAAGCAACAUGGGCUACAUGUAACUUGCCUUGCCAGAGUUCUUCAGGACAGUGCGUCUUUUCCUAAGUCUUCAGUUGCUCAAAAGACUGAAGAUAUCCCUGCUUCUGUUAAAGAUGUCAGGAAAUGGAUAGAAGAAGAAAGAAAAAAUAAGCAUAACACUUGGAGGGUGAUCAUCAGUCCUUUUCUAAAGAGUUCAGCCCAUUGAGGUGAAUGGAUCGGAGUGUUCUGUUGUUGGUACAGGAGUCUGAGUCCACGUACAGGGGAGAAAUCGGCUUUAUUUAUUUAUUUAUAGAGACCUGCAGUGUAAUCGAUUUCACUUUUCAUCCAUUUGGUAUAGCAUAGCCGUUAAGCUCCUGGUACUUUGUUAUCUGUCCUCAGUGGAACUGUACUCAUUCUGGAAUUGUGUUUUCAAGAUUGGCAUUUUUGUUUAUAAUGGAUUCAUCAUAAGUGUAAGAAAGUCUCCAUUGAUAGUCUUUACAAAUGACUUCAUCUUAAUGUUUUAAGAGUAAUGAUUGGUUCUUUAUUGGGUGUAGUGGAGUUGAUACUUGACAGUAACAUAAUAAAAGCAAUUGGUUGGUUUUAGUGCCUUCAGAUAAAAUAUCUCAAUAAAACAAAGACAGCAUGUGGUGUUUGGAGGAUGAUUGAAAUUCAGCUCUUGCUGGAAAUGUCUUCCUAAAUAUCUCAGCCCAGCCAUGUCAUUCCUUACAUUACGAGAUGAUUCCUAGAAGCGAAAAUGGUAUAAUUACAUUAGAAUGUUAUAACUCAAGACAAUAUAACUUGGAACCUUCUAA